AUGCGGCGGGGCUGGAAGAUGGCUCUGUCCGGGGGGCUACGGUGCUGCCGCCGUGUACUUUCCUGGGUGCCAGUGCUCGUUAUCGUCCUCGUCGUGCUCUGGUCCUACUAUGCCUACGUCUUUGAACUCUGCCUGGUGACUGUUUUGAGCCCAGCAGAAAAAGUUAUCUACCUCAUAUUCUACCAUGCCAUCUUUGUGUUCUUUACCUGGACCUACUGGAAGUCUAUUUUUACACUCCCACAACAGCCGAACCAGAAGUUCCACUUGUCCUAUACAGACAAGGAGCGCUAUGAAAAUGAAGAGAGACCUGAGGUCCAGAAGCAGAUGCUUAUUGAUAUGGCUAAGAAGCUUCCAGUUUACACAAGAACUGGGAGUGGAGCUGUAAGAUUCUGUGACCGGUGCCAUUUGAUAAAGCCGGAUCGCUGCCACCACUGUUCUGUCUGUGCCAUGUGUGUUUUAAAAAUGGACCAUCAUUGCCCAUGGGUUAAUAACUGCAUUGGAUUUUCCAACUAUAAAUUCUUCCUUCAGUUCUUAGCUUAUUCUGUUCUCUAUUGCCUGUACAUUGCUACAACGGUCUUCAGCUAUUUCAUCAAAUACUGGAGAGGGGAAUUGCCUGGUGUUCGCUCUAAGUUCCAUGUCCUUUUUCUCCUCUUUGUGGCCUGCAUGUUUUUUGUCAGCCUUGUGAUUCUCUUUGGUUACCAUUGUUGGCUUGUCAGCAGAAACAAAACCACCUUAGAGGCCUUCUGUACUCCAGUGUUUAUGAGCGGCCCAGAGAAAAAUGGGUUCAACCUUGGCUUCGUCAAAAAUAUCCAGCAAGUGUUUGGAGAUAAGAAGAAGUUCUGGUUGAUACCUAUUGGGUCUAGCCCUGGUGAUGGACACUCCUUCCCUAUGAGGUCUAUGAAUGAAUCACAGAACCCAUUGCUAGCAAAUGAAGAGCCCUGGGAAGAAAAUGAGGAUGACAACCGAGAUUAUCCAGAAGGAUCAUCAUCUCUUGCCGUGGAAACAGAAACAUAGCAGCUUUUACAUCUCCUGCA